ACAUCAUUAAUACGGUGAGCUGCUCGCACGAGUACCGAACUGGUUGUGCGAUUUUCCGCAUAUCACCUGUAAGUUACUUGCACAGUAAGCCUCAGCUCGAGAAACGACGCGACGUGAAGUGAUGAACAGUCGCGGCCCCCCGGCUCCCCAAACCCUUUCCCGCCCCGUCAAACCUUUGCAACCCCAAGCCCAACCAACUCCCCCCAUCCUCAUCAGGACGAAAUCGACGAACCUGAACAUCAUACUCUGAUCCACCAUACUUAACGGAACCCUUACCAACAGAUCACAUACACACACCCUUCUACCCACCAUGUCUACCAACAUGGAUGACGAUAUCGACAGUAUGCUCUUCCCCAAACCCACCAAUCGAUCGAGUUAAUGAUAGGCGUACAGUGGACCCCAGUCUCCGCGACCAUGAGGAGCAGAUUGUUGUCGACAAGAUCAUCAAUGAGGGUAAUCCAGGCCCCUCCCCAUCCCACCCAUCACCAGUUGCCGCUUGGUAGGCUAUCCAGGACUGUCGAGACUAACGGUUUGGCGGGGCUGGAAUCACAGAGUACAAGAUCUGGAAGAAGAAUGCGCCAUUUCUUUACGACCUAAUCUUGAGGUACGUUCGCCCGGCCACCCAAAACCGCAAGUCCUCGAGAGAUAAACACCUCACUGACACUUCGCCCCCUUUCCAGCUCCGCAUUGGAAUGGCCGACAUUGACCACUCAGUGGUUCCCCGAUAAACAAACGUAGGACCCCCUCUGUUUCUCCCGAAUCACCUUUACCCAUCCAUUGCAUGCGAACGCUCAUUGUGGCCAGACAUCCCGGGAAGAACUAUUCCACUCAUCGCCUGCUCAUCGGGACGCACACCAGCGGUAACGACACCAACUAUCUCCAAAUUGCUGAGGUGCAACUCCCGAAUCCAGUCACCGAACAGGAUCCGCGUCGAUACGACGAGGACAAGGAGGAGAUUGGCGGCUACGGGGGCGGGGCAGAAUGCCGCCUACACAUUCAGCAGAAAAUGGUUCACGAAGGGGAGGUCAACAAGGCGCGGUACAUGCCGCAGAAGCCCGACCUGAUUGCUACGAUGUGCGCGGAUGGAAACGUGUUGGUGUUUGAUAAAACUAAGCAUCACUUGAUGCCUACCAACACCAAAUGCACCCCACAGAUGACGUUGGCUGGCCACGGAAAAGAGGGGUGGGAGAAGGCCUUAACAAUCCCGGAGGGGAGAAUCUACGCUAACCAAGAAUCGGCAGAUAUGGAUUGAACUGGAACCCUCACAAAGAAGGCCACUUGAUGACAGGAUCCGAGGAUUCCACCGUUCGGCUUUGGUACAAUCUCCCCCAUGCUUUCGCACGCCUGGGAGUUCGGGGCUAACCUUUGUCCAGGGACCUCAACUCCUAUACCAAGACCAACACAACCCUGCACCCCGUCCAUACCUAUACCCAUCAUUCAGCUAUCGUCAACGACGUCGCCUAUCACCCUUGCCACGAUGCGCUUUUCGGUUCCGUAUCGGACGACCACACCCUUCAGAUCGUGGACACUCGUUCCUCGGAUACCACGGCUGCCGCGCACAAAGUUGUAGCCCAUGAGGAUGCCGUCAAUUCGAUCGCCUUCAAUGCCGCUUCCGACUACGUUGUGGCGACGGCAUCCGCGGACAAGACUGUCGCCCUCUGGGAUCUGCGCAACCUCAAGCUGAAGCUGCAUUCGCUCCAGGGUCACAAUGCGGAGGUCAACGGGCUGAGCUGGCACCCACACGAAGAGCCCAUCCUCGCCAGUUCGAGUGCUGAUAGAAGGAUCAUCUUCUGGGAUCUGGCCAGAAUCGGUGAGGAGCAAUCCCCGGAGGAUGCUGAGGACGGGCCACCUGAACUGUGAGUUUACCAAUCAUCCCCUCGGACGGUUUGAAGUUCAUUUCCGGCUAAUCCCACGGGACCAGGCUGUUUAUGCACGGCGGACACACCAACCGGGUUUCAGACUUUGCCUGGAAUCCGAGCGACCCAUGGGUGAUGGUGAGUGCUGCCGAGGACAAUUUGAUUCAGUGCUGGAAAGUUUCUAGUGCCAUUGUCGGCAAAGAGAUUGAUGACGUUCCUACCGGGGAGCUGGAGGCGUAAAUUUAAUGGGAAAAAGUCUGUCGCUAGUAGCAGCUUGCACGUUUAGUAGUCCUUACCCACCCGUUCGCGGGUUCUCUCUGUGUCGGCCCUGCUUCCUUUUUUUUUUUUCCCUUUUUCCCUCUUCUUUUCCCUUUUUCCUUUUUCUUCCUUGUUUCCUAUAUUAUGUUUCUAGCCUAGUCAUGGAGAGUGCAAUUGUACAACAGUUUUCCUUCCCCCGAGCACGACGGCUAGGUAUCUUCACCCGCAGGCCCCCGGGCCUUCGUGAUGGGUUACACGGUACAGUAGGCGAUGUGCACGCACAGCCAAGCUCUAAAGAGCGGAGAUGACGGCAUACCGUACUCCCGUAUGAUGCCAGUGAAUCCCAUCCGUAUCCCCCAGUGAUGGCAGGGUCAGAGGUAUGCGGACCCUUUUUCUCCACCCUAUAGAAAAGCGAGAGUGGAGGAGAGUGGAGGAGAGCGGGGAGACGAGGAUUCAACGGUUCAAGUGAUGCGUUCUAUCGC